CUUGUACUACUCUGUUUAUUUAUCUUCUACUGAGGUGUAGUUGACAUACAGCACCAUGUUAGUUUCAGGUGUACAACAGUGAUCCAACAAUCAAAUACAUUACUAAUUGAUCACCACGAAAAGUCCAGUAACCAUCCGUCACCAUGCAGAAUUAUUACAGUAUUAUUGACUAUCUUCCCUGGGCUGUACAUUACACCCCAGGGACUUAUUUAUUUUAUAACUGGAAGUUUGAAUCUCUUAAUCCACUUCACCUAUUUCACCAAUCCCCUAGCCUUCUCCCCAACUUGGCAAUCACCAGUUUGCUCUCUGUAUCUACAAGUCUGUUUCUGUUUUGUUUGUUCCUUUGUUUUGUUUUUCAGAUUCUGCAUAUAAGUGAGAUCAUACAGUGCCUGUCUUUCUUUGUCUAACUCAUUUUGCUUAGCACAGUGCCCUCUAGAUCCAUCCAUGCUCUUGCAAAUGGCACAAUUCCAUUGUUUUUUAUGACUGAGUGAUAGAUAAAUAAUUCUUUUUAAACCUUUAUAAAUAAAAUAUAUACUAUGGCCAUGGUAAUCCUUCAACUUCAAGGAGACAUUGGACAUCUAGUUUUGCUUUUAUCUCUAAAAAUCAGUUGCUUGGCAGGCCCAGUUUUAGAUGGUGAGUGCUUAAGAGCAGGAACUAGGGAGUCAGAGAGACUAUAUUUUAAUUGUGGUAUAGUAGUACCAUUCAUUAGUAUCUCUAGUACAUUGGACCAAUUUACCCUCAGAGCAAAACGUAGUUUUUUCCUUUUUAAAUGGAUAUGGUAACAGCUCCUACUUUAUAAGGUUGUUCAGAGGAUUAAAUGAGAUAAUUCAUGCUUAGCAAAGUCUGGGACACAGUAGGCGUGCUAUUAUAUUACCAGUUGCAAUAAUGUGGUUAUUGAUGAAGGUGAUGAUGCUGAUGCCAAUUCAGUAAGGGUUCUGAACUUCUUCCUGAGGUAUAUGUUCCAGAAUAUAUUCCCUGAGAUUUCUUACAUGGGACUAAAAGGCAAGCUCCCUGCCCUUCAUCUUCUCCUUAAGAACUCUAUAUCUACACAGAAAUUAAAAGGCUAGGAUUCCACUCUCCUGUUCCAGACACUGCCACACCUUUUUAUUUAAGGAGGUAAGUAGAUGUGAAGAAGGAAAAAGGCCAUCCUUGAAUCUGUGGGAGCCACAUCUGAAGGGAGAGAACCCACAGUGUCAGCCAGCACUGUCUUCUCUGAGAUUUGUUCACUUUCCAGUGAAAGCAACAUGGCAAAGUCCUCAUCACUUCAAAGGUAAAUCUUGAGGUGGGUUAUGUCUCAGACAUGAUGUUUUAGUCCUAUAGAAUUUGAUGAAAUUAUAAAGUGAAGUUUGGAAGCUCAGGGACACAUAUCUGUGCUGAAGAAAGCAAAGAGAAUUAACAGUCAGUAAAAAUCACAAAAGCUAGAAUAUGCAGUGGAUUAGGAUUAGAUGGGGAGCCACUGUGAUGCUAAUUAGGAACAGCAAGCCCCUCCCAAAGACCAUCACAGGACUACUUUAGAGGGAGGCCGGCUGAGACCAUUCUGACCUCUCACCAGGUCUCCCCAACCAAGACAUAAGAAAAUUUAUUUAAGGGAGAACAGAAUUGCAUCCUUUUUCUUUGGACCUUAAGCACCUUGAAAAGCUGCUUCGAGGCCUCUGGACCCUCGGACCCUACAACUCUUACCUGCAUUGGACUGAGCUGAAAUAAAGAGGAAACGAUCCUAAAUCAUCCAUUGAAAUCUUCUUGAAAGGGAAAAAUAGAGAUGAAGGUACAUAUGCACACAAAAUUUUGCCUCAUUUGUUUGCUGACAUUUAUUUUCCAUCAUUGCAACCAUUGCCAUGGAGAACAUGACCAUGGUUCUGAAGAGCAUCACAGACACCAUCGUGGAAUGACAGAAUCGGAGUCAAGCAAAUUUUCAGUGCUGGAUGCUGAAAAUCAAAAAAAGUAUUAUAUUGAAAAACUUUUUGACCGUUAUGGUGAAAAUGGAAGAUUAUCCUUUUUUGGUCUGGAGAAACUUUUAACAAACUUGGGCCUUGGAGAGAUAAAAGUAGUUGAGAUUAAUCAUGAGGAUCUUGGCCAUGAUCAUGUUUCUCACUUAGAUAUUUUGGCAGUUCAAGAGGGAAAGCAUUUUCACUCACAUAACCACCAGCAUUCCCAUAAUCAUUUAAAUUCAGAAAAUCAAACUGUGACCAGUGUAUCAACAAAAAGAAACCAUAAGUGUGAUCCAGAGAAAGAGACAAUUGAAGUAUCUGUCAAAUCUAAUGAUAAACAUAUGCAUGACCGUAAUCAUCGCUUAUGUCAUCACCAUUGUUUGCAUCAUCACCUCGAUCAUAACACUACUCGCCAUUUUCCUAAUGAUUCCAUUACUCACAGUGAGCGUGGGGAGCCUAGCCAUGAACCUUCAACAGAGACCAAUAAAACACAGGAGCAAUCUGAAAGCAAGCAACUGAAAGGAAAGAGGAAGAGAAAAGGGAAGAAAAGUAAUGAAAAUUCUGAGGUUAUUACACCAGGUUUUCCCCCUAACCAUGAUCAGGGUGAACAGUAUGAGCAUAAUCGGGUCCACAAACCUGAUCGUGUACAUAACCCAGGUCAUUCUCAUGUACGUCUUCCAGAACAUAAUGGUCAUGAUCCUGGUCAUGGACACCAAGAUCUUGAUCCUGAUAAUGAAGGUGAACUUCGACAUACUAGAAAACGAGAAGCACCGCAUGUUAAAAAAAGUGCAAUUUAUUCAGCUGCUAGUCACAAAGAUCAUAAUGAAGAUGACCGGCAACAUGAGUGUUUGAACGUCACUCAGUUGUUAAAAUACUAUGGUCAUGGUGCCAAUUCUCCGAUCUCACGUGAUCUAUUUACAUACCUUUGCCCUGCUUUGUUAUAUCAAAUUGACAGCAGACUUUGUAUUGAGCAUUUUGACAGACUCUUGGUUGAAGAUUUAAAUAAGGAUAGAAGUCUGAUUCCUGAAGAUAAGGCACAUAUAGGGGCAUCAGCAUGGAUUUGUGGUAUCAUUUCUAUCACUGUCAUUAGCCUGCUUUCCUUGCUAGGAGUGAUCUUGGUUCCCAUUAUUAACCAAGGAUGCUUCAAAUUCCUUCUCACAUUCCUUGUUGCACUAGCUGUAGGAACAAUGAGUGGAGAUGCUCUUCUUCAUCUACUGCCUCAUUCUCAGGGUGGACAUGAUCAUAGUCAUCAACAUGCACAUGGGCAUGGACAUUCUCAUGGACACGAAUCGAAGAAGUUUCUAGAAGAAUAUGAUGCUGUAUUGAAAGGACUUGUUGCUCUAGGAGGCAUUUACCUGUUAUUUAUCAUUGAACAUUGCAUUAGAAUGUUUAAGCACUACAAACAGCAAAGAGGAAAACAGAAAUGGUUUAUGAAGCAGAACACAGAAGAAUCAGCUAUUGGAAGGAAGCUUUCAGAUCAUAAGUUAAAUAAUACACCAGAUGCUGACUGGCUUCAGCUCAAACCUCUUGCCGGAACUGAUGACUCAGUUGUUUCUGAAGAUCGGCUUAAUGAAACUGAACUGACAGAUUUAGAAGGUCAACAAGAAUCCCCUCCUAAGAAUUACCUAUGUAUAGAAGAGGAGAAAAUCAUGGACCAUUCUCACAGUGAUGGAUUACAUGCCAUUCAUGAGCAUGAUCUCCAUGCCGCUGCACAUAACCACCAUGACGAGAGCAAAACUGUACUGAGGAAGCAUAAUCAUCAGUGGCACCACAAACAUUCUCAUCAUUCCCAUGGUCCCUGUCAUUCUGGAUCAGAUCUGAAAGAAACAGGAAUAGCCAAUAUUGCAUGGAUGGUAAUCAUGGGGGAUGGCAUCCAUAACUUCAGUGAUGGCUUAGCAAUUGGAGCAGCUUUCAGUGCUGGAUUGACGGGAGGAAUCAGUACCUCUAUAGCUGUCUUCUGUCAUGAACUGCCACAUGAAUUAGGUGAUUUUGCAGUUCUUCUUAAAGCAGGCAUGACUGUAAAGCAAGCAAUUGUAUACAACCUCCUGUCGGCCAUGAUGGCUUACAUAGGCAUGCUCAUAGGCACAGCUGUUGGUCAGUAUGCCAAUAACAUCACACUUUGGAUCUUUGCAAUCACUGCAGGCAUGUUCCUCUACGUAGCCUUGGUGGAUAUGCUUCCAGAAAUGUUGCAUGGUGAUGGUGACAAUGAAGAACAUGGCUUUUGUCCAGUAGGGCAGUUCAUUCUUCAGAAUUUAGGACUGCUGUUUGGAUUUGCCAUCAUGCUGGUAAUUGCCCUCUAUGAAGACAAAAUUGUGUUUGACCUCCAGUUUUGACCAUUCCCAGCAAUCACUGCUGAUUACGAGAAUGUUGCCAUGCAGCUUUGCAUCUGUUCCUUGUACUGUAAGCACGUCAGUACUGUACUGUAAGUCAGUACUGUAAGAAAAGUCAGUGGCUUGCACUACUUACAAGUUCAUAGAUUUGAGCCUAACCACAAAGACCGGUGCUCAGUACUGUUUUCCCCGCGUGAAGGGAUCUUUUAAAAAUGUAAAGCUUGUAAUAAAGAAAGGAGGAAAUGGGACUCCGCGAACCAAUGUUGAUAUAGGUUUGAUUAAGACUUUAAAAAACAAUAAUCAUAUGAAACACUAAAGUAGUCUCUUUAUUAGUAGAAACUUCUGUGGCUAUGCAGAAAUAGAAAUUGAACCAAAAAAAUCACUUAACUUUAAAAAUAUUCUAAAUGGACUCUGGGCAGACUUUUCUUUGUGCUAAAAAUUAAUUGUAGUGUCCUUUAAUUCAGCUCCAUAUAUGCAUAUGGUAAUAGGGAUCAACUUGACACAGCUUUGAAACCGCAUAGACUGUAGGACCUAGAGGAAAGCACAGGCUGCAUUAGGGUAUGAAUUUAGCAUUGGGAAAAGCCCUUAUUCUUGAAUCUAGAGUUACUAUUUUUGUAUAUAUUUGCAUAGUGUUUAAACUUGCAGCCUAAACUACUGAAAUUUGUGAUUGUACAUUUGUGUGUGCUUCAGUUUAAGGAAAGAUUCAUAAUGGUUCUUUGUAUUAAUAUUAUUCUUGGUGUUUGGGUUUUAUUUUUAACUUUUAUUUUGUUUUGGGUUUUUUGGUGGGGGUGAGGGGUUGGAGCAUGUGGUAAAAUUUUUUUUGUUGUUGUUGUUAAAAUUAUAACCCUUUAGAAAAUAUCAGCGAAGUGAAGAACCCGAACAUGGUCUAAAUAUUCAGUUUUCCGACUUUAACAGUACUAACUAGUUAUGUGGGAAACUUAAGUUUUAAAUGUACACAGUGCUUUACCUGUUUGGCGUUGGAACCCAGAGCACACGCUGUGGCUGGCAGUAAGGGUAAGGCAGCAAGUUUACCGUGUCCGUGUUCUGUACAUGGAAUGUCACUUGAAACGCUUAUGAGGAUGAUCUCCGUGGCUGUUGUGGUACCAAUUGACUUGGAAGAGAUAGUUAAAUAACUCAGCUGAAAUCACUUGAUCAUUUUGUGCCAAGAUAGGCUGUUGGUGCCUGAUAGGCAUCAGUCUCCUAUUUUUUAGGUGCCCUGUUCUCCUGCCAUAAUUGUGAAAGAUUUGUGAGAAGUGCAAGUCAUGUUUAUCCUGAAUUUUGACCUAAUAAUUUGUAGCACUAAUCAUAUGCAUGUAGCUUUCUGUGCCACGUGGUCUUCAUUUAUGCCAGGUAAACCGUAUUUGAACUCUGUGCAGGCAGCUUUGUUUUUAUCUGCUUGGCUACCCAUGUAGCUGCUUUAAAAAUCUUAUUCUUCAGAUACUUAAGAGCCAAACUCUUUCCAUUCCAUUUAAAAUGUUUUCAUUUAGUCCUCUUUGUUUUCCCAGUUCGUCUCUUACUCCAUGAACUUUAAAACAAAAAACAAAGUUUUGAGAGCAGCACAUGCAUCCAGGUAUUAAUAGAGUAUUGUAAGCAAGGGAGCUUAGGUGUUAUUUCCUUAAUUUAUGCCUGAAUUUGAAACAUUAUUUCUGGCUCUCUCCAUGGCCUCCUGUAACAGGUAGGAGUUUUAUACAUAGAAAUAUACAUUUAUUUCAGCAUUGGGCACUGAAUUAGGACAGUCCUCAUCUCAUUGCUUGGCCCUUCAAGCAACUUCGCUAAAAGGUGCUGAUAUUUCAUUUAGUACUGCCAACUUCAAGUGAUUCAAAUAUCUUGCUUUCUGAACCAAGAUAUAUUUAAUAGUUCAUUUUUGGGUUUUUAUACCCAAGGACGAUUCUGCAUUCCAGCGUUAAGUCUGCUUUAUUUUAAAACUUUUAUGAAAAGCAACAGCUGGAAUAUACUCCCAGUCUUAAAAUAAAUGCCUGAUUUAAAGCAACUAGGUUAUGCUAAAGUAUAUAAAGGUUUAUAUUCUCUCAAAAAUGGUAUUAUCUUUAUUUGCUAGAUUUUUUUUUAAACUUUUAAGAGGGCUGUAACAGUUGCUGCUAGUAUUUUGUUAGGGUUCCACCAGUAUUUAGUUUUUACAUCAUUCUAAUGUAUAGUUUCAAGUCUUACUAGACAAUCUGAAUUCCACUACAUUUCUCUUUGGCUCCAACAUUCCAUUUAGCUUGACCAGUCUAAUUUAACAUGUGUUUGUUGGAGGUCAUUACUGUUACUUGUACAAUGCUGUCACUGUGUGACAUCCAUAUAAAUUUUGGUGUUAUCACAUUGCAUUCAAUCAGCUGUGAUUAUGCUUAGAAAUACUAUAGUAACUAGAUGCAGUGUGAAUUUUUUUCCAUUAACAGUCAGUCAGUGGCUUAAAUGUGAUUAUGGUCCUGCAAGGUGAUACUUGCUAAAAUAUCUAAACUUUUUUUGUUGUUGUAACUGAAUCAUUUUUUAAAAAUUUAUAAAGCUGGAAAUGAUCAAAUGCUGUUUUUUCCAUUGUCAACAGUGGUGUCAUUUUAUGUGUGUUCCUAAUGCUUAUGGAACUCUCCCAAAAUAAAGUUAUUCAAAAAGAGCAAA